AUUCAUACACCUCCUGAGGUGCCCAAGGAUCUUGUGCUACCUGUCAUCUUGCCCCAGAGCAUUCACCAGCAGAGAUGUCCUGCCAGCAGAACCAGCAGCAGUGCCAGCCCCCUCCCAAGUGUCCUCCCAAGUGUCAGACCCCCAAAUGCCCUCCAAAAUGCCCCCCUAAGUGUCCUCCCAAGUGCCCCCCUAUGUCUUCCUGCUGUAGCCUGGGUUCAGGGGGUUGCUGUGGCUCCAGCUCUGGGGGCUGCUGCAGCUCUGGUGGCUGCUGCAGUUCUGGGGGUGGAGGCUGCUGUCUGAGCCACCACAGACCCCGCAGAUCCCUCCGUCGCCAUCGCCAUAGCUCUGGAUGCUGUGGCAGUGGUGGCAGCAGUGGCUGCUGUGGCAGCAGUGGUGGCAGCAGUGGCUGCUGUGGCAGCAGUGGUGGCAGCAGUGGCUGCUGUGGCAGCAGUGGUGGCAGCAGUGGCUGCUGUGGCAGUAGCCAGCAGUCUGGGGGCUGCUGCUGACCUGAGCACCUAACACUUUAGACAAGCCAUUCAGGAGGAAGCCAUGUUCAGUGGACCUUCCCUGACCUGUUCUUCUCUCCUGCUGUUCUCUGUGUCCUGGGCUCAAAGAUGCUGUAGUCUUGUGGGAUAUCCCCUUUUGAAGGACCUGUAUUCUCAGGGACAAAGUAAUAAAGUGCUUCUCUCACAA